AACAAGAGGCAGCAAUUUCUUUUUGGUAUCUAAGAAGGAACUCUCUCUGAAAACCAUACAACAGCGGCGGAGGGGUUUUGUCUGUCUCUCCUUCUCUCUCUCUCUCCAUCUCUCAUUCAAUCUUCGUUCCAUUAUUCAGGGUUGGCCCUUGCCCUGGAUCCUCCAUAUUUUGGUGGGAUAGUUUCCAGACGAACAAGGUCUUUUAGGGUAUUCUACGGAUGGAACAUAGUCGUAUACCCAUUUCAUGCAUUUAAUGGGCAUCUGCGCUAGAUUCGCUCUUCCCUAUCGCCUUUACUCCGUUUAAUGGUUUUCUGCUUCUUUCUUUUGGUAUCAAAUCAAUUAGAUCGUUUUGGGAAGAGUUACUAUUGCUUUGGGCAUUCUCUCCUUUUUAUGCCUUAUGGAUUUCUUUUAUUAUUAUUUUAUUUUUGGGAAUUGAGGUUUAAUCUUUGAAUUUUGCUGGUAUUCGAAUUUGCUCUUGCCACCGAGUUAAGUGAUUGGAUCUUUAUUAUUAGGCAUACUAAACUUUUCGGAUUUCAGUUUAUUUUGUUGCAAGAGGCAUGCAUCUGGGUUUUUGAGGACACAUUUUCUCUUCAACUUUUUCUGACAGUUUGUUGCCUUUUGAGGAUGUAUCGUAUUUUUGUUUUGGAGGAUUGAGACUUAAGUGUUCGCUUCAAUUGUGACUCUUUUUUUGGUUGCCAAGAUUGGCGGAACUGUAUAGUGGAGAUAAUGGAAAAAGGGAUUGAAUUUGUUGUGGGGAGUGAUAACAUGCACUUAGAGGAGCCUUGGUUCACUGGAAUGGAUAAUGAGGAGACUGAAAUGGGACAACCAAACAGUGAAGUUCAAGGCUUUGCAUUGGAAAAAGGUGAGGGAAGCAGUGUGGUAUUCUCAAGAGAGGCACCCCUUGUAAAUAAAGAGUCAACAACGUCUGGUAGUUGUAGUUGUAGUCUGAAGAAACUCAAAUCCAGGGUGGCUGCAAAAGAGUCUGAGCUCUGCCCGAAGGAGAAAUCUGGGCAUGACAAGAAACUCAGCAGACAAGACAGGAUUGAGUUGGGCCAAUUAUUUCAGGGGGCUGUGAGUUCCCAUGAUUGGGAACUUGCUGAGAGUUUAAUCCUGUUGGCAGAUCCACAGACUCUAAAUGAUGCAUUGUGUGUCACAUUGGAUGCUAUCUGGUUUUUGAGCACCCAGCAGGAGCUUUAUGGGAUAACGGGGUUGAUUAAGAAGAUCAUUGCUAAUGGUGCUUAUGACUUUACUCGAGCUGCUCUCCGGACUUCAUUUCUUGCUUCUUGUGUCUCUGCUUGCCAAAGUCGCACGAUGAGCCUUGCUGACACUGUAACUGUGAUGGCCCAAAGGUUGCAUGAGCGCCUCCAAGAGUGCCAUGGGGAUGAGGUCUUGAAGGCAGAAGCUGGUGCCAAGGUACAAAAGUUCACUGAAUGGGCUUUGAAAUGUAUAGGGUCCCAUUCCCGUUGCCAAGGGAACAACGAUAGAGUGAAUCAUUGCUCGGCUGUUGAAAUCCAACUCCAGUUAACUGCAUUCAAGACAUUCUUAGAUCUUGCUGGUAACCAACUUACGGGGAAGGAUUUUACAGAGGCAUUUGAUGCAGCUUGCUUUCCUCUUACUCUCUUCUCUAGCUCAUUUGAUGCUGGUUGGGCAUCUGGGAUAACAGCUACUGUGAUCCAAGGAUUGUUGGAUAUGUUGGUGGAGGGGGGUGCAGACAAUGUUAACCAGUGUUUCCUUGAGGCCUCUCGGUUUGGUAGUACAGAACUUGUUCGCAUUUUAUUGCAGAUUGCCCAACGGAACAGCUUGGACGUUGAUGUGGAUCUCGCCUUGGGUUUUGCCUCACAUUACUGCAAGAUUGGGACAAUGGAGUGUCUAGUGGAAGAGGGUAAUGCCAUGGCGUUCUUGGGCCCUUUAAUGAGAGCAGCUGAAAGAGGCUGUAUGCAGGUUGUUCAGUGGUUUGUCAAAAGGGGUUGUCGAGACAUGGAGCUCUGUCUGGCCCUCACUGCUGCAACUUCAAGCAGCCAAGUUGAUGUGGCUGCAUAUCUCCUCCCUCAUGUUCCUCAACAUGUCCUCACAGCCCUCAGCAUCGAAAUUCUCAAGGCUGCGGGCGAACGAAGUGGGGGAUCUCUGGAUGGUGUGGCAUUUCUCCUCCACUCUGACUUCUUAGGUGAUGCUGCUGCUACUUAUGCUGUUGCAGACAGCAUUGCUAGGUCUGAUGAUGAGGCUGUUGCUCCUGAGCUGAAGGCAUUUCUUCAAGAGCACUGGUCAGAGGCAGCUUUCUUGGAUGGACUAAAGCAAGGCCAAGAACAGUACAUGAACCUAAUGAGGAUUUUGAAGAGGGGGGAAUCUCCAAUUUGCUUAAGGGAUCUCCCAGCUCCUCUGAGGGUGGCAAUUACAUACCUGCCACUCUACAGGGAGUGUAUUGAGGUGGGUGGUCGUCUGUUAUCGCAAAGGCUGCGGGGGCAGCUUGUUGAAGCUGUUCAGAUGCUUGGAGGUGGGGCACUAGAAGAGGUAAGCCAAGGCAGAGAGCUUUUAGCAAUUCUGGAGCAUCACCUUCCUCCAUUUUUGGUUCGUGCACCCAGCAGUGGUUAGCAAAGUUUUUAUCUGCUGGAUAUUUUGGAUUUUCACUUGUCUUUUACCUCUAUAUCUCAUGUGUCAUAGGUAAUAAUAUAAUUUAGCUGCGGGUAGGUGACAAAGCUUCAAGGUUUGUCAAAUUUCCUUCCAUCAUGUGGUUUGGUAUAAUAUAUGUCUCUCUGAGCUUCUUCUAUGGCACAUAUCUUAAUCUAGUGGAUGUGUAUGUUCAUGUAUGAUGUAAGACAGAGAGCAGCAAUUUUCACAGAAAGGUUGAUAUAUGAUGGGAAUGUAUAUUACUAAAUAAUCUUUUCUCUACUGAUCCUUGUUGAGUGCAUAUGUUGGCUAAAAAUCA